UACGUGUGUGUGUGUGCUGCCGAGAUGGGACGGCCCACCUGGACCGACUAUAUAAGAACCAGACGAUUGAGAAGAAGCCACGAAACCGACAGGAGAAGAUCCAAACACACUCAACUCUUCCAUCAACUGGACGUGUGUGAUCAGAACUGAAAGAAGCUGUCAAAAUGAAAGGCGUCCAAUAUCUCGCUGGUCUUCUUCUGUUCAUCUAUGUUCAAAACAGCAUCUGUGUCCCACUGCAAGAUGACAGCACAAGCACAGAGACAGUAGAAAGUCUUCCGGCGAGGGGUAAGGUAUUCACGACCGCGAAGAGACAUUCUGAGGGAACUUUCUCAAAUGACUACAACAGAUACCUGGAGACCAGGAGAGCACAAGACUUUGUUCAGCGGCUCAUGAACUCAAGGAGAAACGGUGUUGCAGACAACAGAGUCACUAAUUUGGCGGGCAGGAGGCAUGUAGACGGCAGUUUCACCAGUGACGUCAACAAGGUCUUGGACAGUAUCGCUGCCAAAGAGUAUUUACAAUGGGUGAUGAACUCCAAGACAUCAGGGACAAGUGGCAAACGUGGCGGAAAUCAAUGAGGAACCAGUGGGCAG